AUGUAAAUGGAAACUUAUGAGAAAGGGAGAGAGGAAUAUCAAAGGAGAUAUGGAAAGUUGAAGGAUUACAUUUCUUCUCUGAAAACAAAGGACACAUCUGAGAUCACAAAAUUCGAUAGUUCUGACUUUGAUCUAACAAAGUUGUAAGCAAGAUUGGUUGAUUAAGCUGAGAAGGAGAAAUUCGAGGAGAAUAUCAUAGGGUCAACAGACAUCGUUGAAUAAGUGAAUCAUGAUUUCAAUGUGUUGGUAUAUGGGAUAGGGAGCAAGAUUGAAUUGCUUGAGAAGGCGAUGAAGGAAUUGAUGGAGAGUAAUCCAUAAUCGUACUUUUUUGUACUGAAGGGAUUCAAGCCUCUAGUUAAUAUGAAGAUGUUCUUGUAGAAGAUGAGUGAAGUGUUGAAAAUAGACUCGCAUGUCAGAAAUUCAGAGCAGAUCAUCAAAUGCAUUGAGAACACUCCUCAAUCGAUCAUUAUUAUUGCUCAUAGCAUAGACGGUCGUCAUUUAUUGAAUGAGCAAGCAUAGAAGUUACUUGGAUAAUUGAGCAAUUGUCCAAAUGUUCGUAUGGCUUGCAGUUUCGACAAUUAUCGGUAUCCCAUGAUAUGCAAGAUUCAGAGAGCCUUCUUCUCGUGUGUGCACACAAAUAGACCAUACGUUCAGGAGAUAUUGCAGAUUUUUGAGGAUUAGGUGGGCAAACAGAAACAAGAGGAGGGGUUGUGGUAUGUGUUGUCGAGUAUGACUCAGAAACAGAAAAACAUAGUGUAUUAUUUCGCAGGGAAAGUAUUAGAAAGCAGAGAUGGAUUGAACUUUUAGGAUCUGUAUGAUGUUCUUUCGGAUGAGAUGAUCGUAUCAAGCAAAAUACAAUUGAAGGAUAAUCUUAAGGAGUUGAUGGAUCAUAAGAUCAUAAUUGAGAAGGGUGGGAAGUACACUAUGCAAUAUUCGAACACAAUCCUUCAGGAAUUAUCUUAAAAGUUUGAUGAAGUUAUUAAAUAAUGA